AUAUCUAAAAACUUUAGCUGCCAAGUAGCAUUUCAGAUAACCACAGGGGCACGUUGCCCUAAAAGAUUCAUCGUCUUCCAGGCAAUCAAAUUCGGUGGCGAAGCCCCGGUGCUCCUCCUAGGGAAAGGUUCUCUCAGUCGCAACAGUUAACAAUAUAUUCUUCCAUACCUUAUUAUUCUGCCGCCAGUGGGAGAGUUUAAAUAUCUCAUUUGAUUUGCGAAGAUGUCAUCAUCUGGUCGAUCUGCGGCCGUGGCGGCCGGCGAUUUACAGUUGGUUCCUGCGUCGGAGAGGCAGGUGGCUGCCCUACCUCCUCGCCCUCCAUCGUCUUCGUCCACCGCUCUUGUAGAAUAUACGCCACCUGCGGCUAAUCCUGAAGAGGAGGAUCUCGAGAUCAAGCUCCGUCGUAUACUUGAAUGUGUGCCUGUGCGGGUUAGCAAUACAUCUGGUAGUUCUGCUGGUUCUGGCUCUGGUGACUUUCAUCAGUAUCGGCAGAUGAGACGGAGAGAACAAGACCGGCUUGCAAGGAUGGAUGCAGAUUACCAAAAAAGGAAAGAAGUUGCUGAAUUCAACUUGAGAAGAGAAGAAAAAUUAAAAGCUGCGGAAGAGCGGACAGCGAAGAAACGUGCGAAGCGGCAGAAGAAAAAGCAGAGGAAGAAAGAGAAGAAGAGUAAUUCUAGUGCAGGUGGAGAAGAAAACCGCAGGGAAGAGUCGUCUGAUGAUGACGAUUCUGACAACAGCUAAGAAGGGAGAGGUGGUUGACUUCAAAUUUAGCGGGCACUGCCUAGAUGCUUUGAUCGGGAGCUUACAUGAGCUAUAUAGUUCGAAAACUUGUGAUCAUGUAACAUAAUUUGUGAACAAUUUUUCAACAUCCAAUAUGUAAUACUCCUGUAUUUUGUCUUUGUUUCAUUUAUUUGAAAAAAACUAUCAUCUAGAA